GGCUACUUCGAUGACAACACUUCCAAGCAACCGAAGCACAAGAGGAGCCGACCGAGGAAGAGAGUGACAAGGAAUCCACAGCAGUAUUGAUGGAGAAUCUGCUGUGCAAUUGGCAGCAACGCGAACUGCUGGUCAUGCGGCAGAUCUUCAUCCGCUACGAAGCAACUUUCCGGUCGAUAAACCUGAAGAUUGCGGCAUUGCAGGCCGAGAACAGCACAUUGCAGGCCGCCAACAGCCAGCAGCAGACCAUCAACGACCAGCUGCAGACCACCGUCAUCACAGGAUUGGCACGACUGUCUGCAAUCGAGUCGACGGGCAGUGCAGUGCCAGACUGCAGCUUAGCUUUCGCCGCUCAAGCCAAGCAACUCGAGGAGCGGAUCAACCACGUAGUCGCAUCCCUUGGCGACAUCAGCACGUUUGUUGGGACGUCUACGGUCAGCAAUCAGCUGCAGACGCUCACCGACCGCGUUCAACAACGAACGGUCGCCGUUGUCAAGGAAUGGAAGAUGCCGAACUUCAAGAUUGAGAAGUUCGACGAUUACCACAAGACCAAUCCGCUGCAGUGGUGGAUGGCAUUCAAUGUGGAGGCAGACGUACAUCACGUCCCACCCGAACGGCGGCUUGGCGCACUCUACCUCCAACUCAUUGGAGGGGCGCAGGCUUUCAUGACUCACAUGGCCGUCACGUUGGAAUGCACCAUCGCCACCCUCCACACUAAGAUCACGUGGGAGGAAUUCGAAAAGAAGUGGAAGACCCGGCUCAUGGUCAACAACGACAAACGUCACGCCUUGAAGAAGAUCUUCCGCAUCUUGGCCAGCAAACAUCACAGAAAUGUACCACCUCCGUCGACGGACAACGUAGUAGCGGUUGUUGACCUUCGUAGCUAUCUUGCGAAGAUCGACCACGAGCACACAACGCAAUGCCGGUCGCUGGACGAGCACCUCGAGGACCUUCGCACCGUUUUGGAGCGGCUCAGUAUCGCCAAGUACAAGGUAAACUGCGACAAGUUUUGCCACCGGAACAAAGGGCGCCAUCAGCUCCCGUACGGUGAAUUAGAACCAUUGCCGAUUCCUCGGGAACCAGAUCUCUCCAUUGCUAUGGAUGUGACCGACCCUUUCCCUCGCGAUCGCCUUGGCCAUGAUGGUAUUCUCACGGUCGUUGACCGUUUGAGCAAGUACGCUCGAUUUCUUCCAUGCAAGUAUUAUGCGACGGCUCCCGAGCUCGCACGACUUUUGCAUACUGGCUGGUUUUGCAGCCACGGUGCUCCGGAAGACAUCGUCAGCGACCGCGACACUCGUUUCAUGUCAGCCUUUUGGAUGACACUCAUGGUGGAAUCCGGCACCAGCAUGAAACCGAGUUCCGCACGACAUCCUCAAACGGAUGGGCAAACGGAACGUGCGCACCAGACUGCGCAGAUGAUGCUCCGCACACUCAUCCCCCCGGAUCAGAAGGACAAGGUUGACCGCCUUCCCGACAUCGAGUUUGCCUACAACACUUCGGUGCACCCGGCAAUCGGUGUGCCUCCUUUUGAGUUGGAUCACGGUGGACGGAAAGGCUGUAUCUUCGCAUACAUUUUGCUUCCACGGGCUGCCGAUAUCGACGCCGCUUGCUCCCUCGCUUAUGCACGGAAGUACAGGGAACUGCUGGCCAAAGCCCGUGCAAAUAUGCAAAAGGCUCAGGUUCGUACGCAGCAGCAAGCGAAUCGGCGUCGCAUCCCAUGUCCAAUCCGUGCCGGCGACCUUGUUUGGGUCACCUCCGAGGAAUUCACGCUCGAGCAGCACGUCUCAUGCAAGCUCCUCCCUAAGUGGUUUGGGCCAUGGAAGGUCACUUCAGCAGCUGGCGACGACCCCGCGGGUCCAUCUUUCAUAAUCGAGAUUCCCCCGCAUUUGAUGGUCCACCCGGUAUUUCACGCUUCGAAGAUGGCGGUCUACACUCCAGCCUCAUGAACGGACUUUCCAGGUAGACGGUCCCAUGACCCUCCUUCAAUGGACGGUCACCAGGAGGUUGACUGUGUCCUCGCCCAUCGCAAGCACGGCAACAAGCCGAUGCAGUACAAAGUUACAUUCAAACAAUGCUCCCGACGACACACGCUGGAUUUCACGAGCUGAUCUGAAGGCGACAGUACCCCUCAUCUUCGCGCACUACGAAAAGCAGCGACUUGCUAAGGAAGCUGCCCAACCCACCCGACCCGCACGGACAUCG